AUGGGUGUGAAGAUGGCUGAAUGCGAAUCUCCUCCAGUUCCCGGCUUCUUUGAUUCGAUCUCCGAUUGCUCCUCGACAACUACACCUACAUCUACCUCCCAACCUCCCUUCGAACCAAACUUCCUACCUUACUGGGCCCGUUACGAGACAAAGUGUGCUCAAAACCUACUGGACUACUCUGACGAGCCGAUCGAAUACGACCACGACGACGAGGACUAUCACGACAACUGCUUCUUUUUCCCGGAAGACUGCUCGUGGACACCACAAAAAGAUCGCAUAGCAGAGGAAGAUCCCGUAUUACAGCAGGAGGAACCCGAGAUUCAGGAGGAAUACACGCCUUCGGUAGGCCAGGACACCGACACCGACACCAUGAUUCCCGGCCUCCCCGAUAUAAAGAUGCUGGACGCAGAGGCGCUAAGCGACCUCUUGGAAGACAACCUGUCCCCGCCGGAGAUCACAACGAUCAUUGUCUUCGCAACAAACGGCGCCGUCUUCGCCCACGGCUCCUCCCUCUCCUCACGCCAACUACGCAACCUCAGCGCAACCUACGGCGCCGCCUACACAUGCUACGCCAAGACAGCCUCAACCGGGAACCUAACGGGCGUCAACCCAGCCAGCCAUCCCUCAUCCUACGUGACCGCUAAGUCAAUGUCACUAGGCGACGUAGGCUCGAUCGUCUUCGAACUAGACGACUCUGUCGCCGUGGUAACGCGGAUCGCGGAUAAAGUUCUCGUCGCCGCCGUCGGUCCAUCCAGACUAGAUACACCGGAGCCAAACGGUGCCACGAACGCCGACUCCCUCGCGGACAACGGUGUCCUUGAUGCUGGGAAUGGAACUUUGACACCUGAGGGCUCACAGGGUGAUAUCUCGCGCACACUGGCAUCUGUACCUGCAUCUCCGACCCCGGCUCAAAACGGCCACCGAGACCCGCAGCUUGAGAUCGACCGUAGCGCUGAUCUUGCGCGUCUAGCUAGCUUGAAUCUCGCCGCUUCGCCGGCCGUCUUACUUGCGCUGGAGUCUAAAUGCGCCGCGCUAGGACGUUUUCUUGGGGAGAAAUUGGAUGAUCUCGAAAGUCCUGAGGAUUUCUGA